UCCACAUGGUGAAGCUAUUUCGAUCGUCACACCGUAUUAAGUCUUUCACUAAUAUCAGUCUUACGGUGAUAUCUGCUAUGAAAAAUUAAUGGUAAGACUUCUAUUAACUAUCUAUCUCUUUUCAGGAAAUCAAACAAGAAUAGGUGAAUAUGUCCCAAAUGUGUAAAUUAUUACACACUAACCAUCCACAUGGUGAAGCUAUUUCGAUCGUCACACCGUAUUAAGUCUUUCACUAAUAUCAGUCUUACGGUGAUAUCUGCUAUGAAAAAUUAAUGGUAAGACUUCUAUUAACUAUCUAUCUCUUUUCAGGAAAUCAAACAUGAAUAGGUGGAUAUGUCCCAAAUGUGUAAAUUAUUACACACUAACCAUCCACAUGGUGAAGCUAUUUCGAUCGUGACACUGUAUUAAGUCUUUCACUAAUAUCAGUCUUACGGUGAUAUCUGCUAUGAAAAAUUAAUGGUAAGACUUCUAUUAACUAUCUAUCUCUUUUCAGGAAAUCAAACAUGAAUAGGUGGAUAUGUCCCAAAUGUGUAAAUUAUUACACACUAACCAUCCACAUGGUGAAGCUAUUUCGAUCGUCACACCGUAUUAAGUCUUUCACUAAUAUCAGUCUUACGGUGAUAUCUGCUAUGAAAAAUUAAUGGUAAGACUUCUAUUAACUAUCUAUCUCUUUUCAGGAAAUCAAACAUGAAUAGGUGGAUAUGUCCCAAAUGUGUAAAUUAUUACACACUAACCAUCCACAUGGUGAAGCUAUUUCGAUCGUCACACCGUAUUAAGUCUUUCACUAAUAUCAGUCCUACGGUGAUAUCUGCUAUGAAAAAUUAAUGGAAAUCAAACAUGAAUAGGUGGAUAUGUCCCAAAUGUGUAAAUUAUUACACACUAACCAUCCACAUGGUGAAGCUAUUUCGAUCGUCACACCGUAUUAAGUCUUUCACUAAUAUCAGUCUUACGGUGAUAUCUGAGAUGAUACAGGAGCAGCGUACGGAGGCAGCUAUUGAGGAGAUUUUCAAUUGUGUCUUGAGCAUCAAGACCAUAUUCAAAUCCUUCCUGUCGCCGUCUGAAAAUAUAAGCAGGAAGAUGCUCCAGAAAUAUAGACAUUUUCUUAUGAGCCAUUUUCCUCUUCUAUUCAAAUUGGGGGAUGAAAGUAGGGCUUUCAACAGCUCUGUACGCUUCAGUCCAAGUGAAGUUGCAGCCAUUAAGGCUGAUAUAUUGGUGGAUUAUUUUUCUAUUCAAGACCGAGAAAGAUUUGUCGGAUGCAUUAUGGAAGACAGACCUGGCCCUCCCUUCUCAGAUGAUCCCUCAUUUAUGAACUUGAUGUCCUCCACACAAAAUCCUUCCCAGCCGUGUACAUCGUCUCAGAUAUUAUUUUCUCAAUCUACGUCACCGGUACAGCCAGUCUCCUCCACUCAGCCGUUGACUUCUUCUCAUCCCUCAUUGACCUUGCCAGCCUCAACUUCAACUGGACAUUCUCACUCUGUUCUACACUAUGGGUCAACAUUAUCGUUGCAGGCUCCUGUAUCAUCUCCUCAGUCGCUGUCUGCUCGGUCUGCCACAUCCUUACCGCCUGUAUCAUCAUCUCGGCCAAUCUCCUAUUCGCAGCAAGUGCUGUACUCUCAGUCAAUGUCAUCUGGCAGAGUAUUGCGAUCUAGAGUUGUCCCACCUACUGAUGUUAGUCGCAAGAAGUGGCAUUCCAGGUUACAAUGA